UGAAACUUAGUAUCUUGGAAAGUACUAAAGCCAAUAAUGGCCCCUUCAUCCUUGUCAGUGCUUGUCCUAUCUCUGAGCUUCGCUUAUUGCCUCUCAGCCCCUGUUCCACAGGAUGAAGACUCUGAACUGACACCAGGAGACCUACAGUUGGCUGAGCAUUACCUAAAUCGGCUUUACAGUUCCUCAUCUAACCCUGUGGGUAUGCUGAGGAUGAAGAAUGUGAAUAGCAUAGAGACCAAGCUGAAGGAGAUGCAGUCCUUCUUUGGUUUGGAGGUGACUGGGAAACUCAAUGAAGAUACCCUGGACAUCAUGAAACAGCCAAGAUGUGGAGUCCCUGAUGUUGGGCAAUACAACUUCUUCCCAAGAAAACUGAAAUGGCCAAGAAAUAACUUGACAUACAGGAUUGUGAACUACACCCCAGAUUUAUCCACCAGUGAAGUCGAUAGGGCCAUCAAAAAAGCACUGAAGGUAUGGAGUGAUGUAACGCCACUGAACUUCACUAGGCUCCGCACUGGCACCGCUGACAUCAUGGUCUCUUUUGGCAAGAAAGAACAUGGAGACUACUAUCCAUUUGAUGGACCAGAUGGUUUGCUGGCUCAUGCCUUUCCACCUGGGGAAAAGCUUGGGGGUGACACUCACUUUGACGAUGAUGAGAUGUUUUCUACGGACAAUAAAGGAUACAAUCUCUUUGUUGUUGCUGCUCAUGAGUUUGGCCAUGCGUUGGGAUUGGAUCACUCCAGGGAUCCUGGAUCUCUGAUGUUUCCAGUUUACACUUACACAGAAACAAGUCGAUUUGUGCUUCCCGACGAUGAUGUGCAAGGAAUUCAGGUUCUGUAUGGUCCUGGAAAUAGAGAUCCACAUCCAAAACACCCUAAAACUCCAGAAAAAUGUGAUCCUGAUCUAAGCAUUGAUGCUAUCACGGAACUAAGAGGGGAAAAGAUGAUCUUUAAAGACAGGUUUUUCUGGCGGGUUCACCCACAGAUGACAGAUGCAGAACUUGUACUGAUCAAGUCCUUUUGGCCCGAACUUCCCAAUAAGCUUGAUGCUGCCUAUGAACACCCAGCCAAGGAUUUGAUCUACUUAUUUAGAGGUAAAAAGUUUUGGGCUCUCAAUGGAUAUGACAUAGUGGAAGAUUAUCCCAAAAAACUCCAUGAGCUUGGCUUUCCAAAGACUCUAAAGGCCAUUGAUGCGGCUGUGUAUAAUAAAGACACUGGGAAAACUUUCUUCUUCACUGAGGACAGUUAUUGGAGUUUUGAUGAAGAAGCCAGGACCUUGGAUAAGGGUUUCCCGAGACUGAUCUCAGAGGACUUCCCAGGAAUAGGAGAGAAAGUAGAUGCUGCUUAUCAGAGAAAUGGAUAUCUCUAUUUCUUCAACGGAGCUCUGCAAUUUGAAUACAGCAUCUGGAGCCAGAGAAUAACACGCAUCCUGAAAACCAACUUUGUGCUGAUGUGCUGAUCUUGAAAAAAUAAUUUAUACAAAUAUAUAUAUAUCAGGCUGUUGAGCGGCCUCAUUUUAUGCAAUUGACUACCGCACUGGUCUUCAACAAAGCUAUGGGUUGGCUAUUAAGGGGUGAUAUAGCGCAGGUUAGCUACAGAGUACAGUAACAUAUUCCUUUCUUCCUAAUUUUUCCAGAUUUCAUAUGGAUGUUAUUAUUUAUAUAUAACGCUACAAGUACCUACUGGUAUUUAUACAUAACUAUGUAUCAUCAUGGAAGCUCACCUGUAUAUGUUUCAGCACAUAGGGUAGUAAGAGAGUCAUGGGACAUCAUAUUAAAAGGAACAAUGCAAUUGGUUGCUCUCUGAACAACUGAUUAUUGUAACUAGGUGACUGGUCCGAUAUAGAUUGAUUCCUUCUAGCCGGAGUGACUUUGUUGUGGCAGUGAAACACAGCAAGACAUUUACCUAUUGGACAUUGCCCUAAAGGGGUGUGUCAUCUUUUUAAGAAUUGUAUUCCUUUUCAAAUUCUAUUCCAUUGUCCUCUAAUACUUUUUCCUUUGUUGACUAUGGUGUGAUGGGAUGCUGCCCAAGGACAUCCCCUGGAGCUGCACUAGAUGGAGCAUCCCAUUACACCUCAGCCCACAAUGGAAAUAAUAGCAGCUAAAUCAAUCUGAAGUAAUCAAGUGUUGGUGCAGUUCACUUAUCUAGCAGAAACUGUGGUGAGACAUUCCUACAAAUAAAUAUGUUACAUAUUAUCAGUCCAGAAUUAAGGCAUCUUACGGUGUGCAGUCUAGAUAGACUCAUCUUCUGAUUAGCAACUCCCCAAGUCUUGGUCCUCCUAUUUAUUGUCCUGGAAUAGUAAUGCUAUCCUAUAACGCAAGGGUCCCUAAACUUUUUUACCCAUGAGCCACAUUCAAAUGUAAAAAAGAGUUGGGGAGCAACACAAUCAUGAGGAAGGUUCCUAGGAUGCCAAAUAAGGGCUAUGAUUGGCUAUUUGGUAGCCCAUAUGAGGACUGGCAGCCUACAGAAGGUUUUUUUUGUUGGAAUUCAAAAAUAAGCACCUGCUUUGAGGCCACUGGGAGCAACAUCCAAGGGGUUGGUGAGCAACAAGUUGCUGAGUCACUGGUUGGGGAUCAGUGUUAUAGAGAAUCUACUAAGGGGCUUUCCACUUCUUCAUUCUACAGAUAAUAUACAAAUAGAUGUGUGUUUAUGUUCACCUUUUUGGAGUUCUGUUCUUUUGGGUUAAUAUAUAGGACUAUAUUUUUUUCAAGUAUUUUAACUAUUUAUUAUAUGUGAGAGAGCAGUGCAUUUCUAACAAUGGAAAGACUUACAAUCCUUGAAAUCAAAACGUUCUAUAUUUUUCAUAACAUGAUAUUCAGCCAAACAUUAAGGAUAAAUGCAGAGUCUGUAACAGCUGCAUCCCUGGGAGCUGGGUUCUUUUUCUAAAUCUAAUGCCUUUUUCUACAUGGUAUAUUUAUUAAAAGGAAUAUCCAAUAAACAAACAAUGUCUGUUUUUCUUUUUCAAACAAAUGAUACAUGCCUUGCCUGGAUGGUAAAUGGGGAGCUCCCAUGUCUAU